AUGCAGGAUGCCGAUGUGCCCCUCUACCUUCACGCGGAAUUUCUACCGAAUAUCCGCCAGAUAACCCUUUAUGUGUCCCUUCCCGGGACGGCAAAAUUUGAUGGAAUCCGACCAGAUGUCCAACUUUCAGAAUCAAGAAAGGCAGUCACCGUCUCCCUAUCAAACCCAUUUGAACAUGUCGCAGAAACCAUCAAACUUCCAGCACGUGUUAAUUACGCGUCCCAGCGCGUGUUGAAAACCACACUUGGGCCUGCACCAAAAUCAGAUCCUAAUGGCACCGGGAAUCCCAGUUAUGAUUUUUCUUUUCGCAUGCAAGUCGAUCCCGACGAAGAGGCGCUGGCGCCCCGGGAUGAAAUUAUAGAUGAAUUUGCACCCUGGACAGCAGAGGAAAUGUCUUCUUCCACUCGUAUUCGUUGUCGAGAGUGUGAACAUCUUUUUCUUGAUUCCUCGUUAAUAUCUGAGUCGGUUGAUCAGCGAACAGGCGAACGCUCUACCCCGGGAUGGAUCUGGAAAGACCUCCCAAGUGGCAAUUGGGCUGAAAUGAUGGAUUUCUGGCAUUGUCACAAACCCGAUCCGCAUGAGGGCCACGAAAAAGAAGAGAAAGCCUCUGCGCUUGAGAUCGAGGAACAAACAGCGCAGACCAAAGGAUAUGGCGCGGAUAGCCAUGUUGUGGCGAUUUCUGGGACAGUUUUUGUUGAUGUUGCCACUUUCCUUGUUGCUGAAGCAGACUGCAUCGGAUUGAAAAAGGUAUGA